UGCUAAUAUUAAACACUCUCUUUGCUUUUUGUAAAAACAUUCCAUCGAUACACAAUCAUGGCUGUUGAUUCGCCUCUUCAAUCUCGGAUGUCCUCACCUACGACCUCUGAGAAAGACGUCAAGGCUCUCAUGUUCAUCGAGGAGAUGACUCGAAACCCUGACUCCGUUCAAGAGAAGGUUCUUGGAGAGAUACUAAGUCGUAACUCCGACACAGAAUAUCUGAAACGGUUCGGUCUCAACGGCUCCGUUGAUCGUAAAACGUUCAAGAGCAGAGUUCCGGUGGUCACGUAUGAAGAUUUGAAGCCGGAGAUUCAACGCAUAUCCAAUGGUGAUCGCUCUCCGAUCUUGUCUUCUCACCCCAUCACCGAGUUUCUCACAAGCUCUGGAACAUCUGCUGGUGAGAGGAAAUUAAUGCCAACAAUUGAAGAAGACUUAGACCGACGUCAGCUUUUAUACAGUCUUCUCAUGCCUGUCAUGAAUCUCUACGUGCCGGGAUUAGACAAAGGCAAAGGCUUAUACUUCUUGUUUGUGAAGUCGGAGUCCAAGACCUCAGGUGGGUUACCGGCUCGUCCGGUUCUCACGAGUUACUACAAAAGUGACCACUUCAAGAGAAGACCGUACGACCCGUACAAUGUCUACACUAGUCCUAACGAAGUCAUCCUCUGCCCUGACUCGUCUCAAAGCAUGUAUGCUCAAAUGCUAUGUGGUCUCUUAAUGCGCCAAGAUGUUCUCCGCCUUGGUGCUGUCUUUGCUUCCGGUCUCCUCCGUGCCAUAAGCUUCCUCCAGAACAAUUGGAAGGAGCUUGCUCGGGAUAUCUCAACCGGAAGCUUAAGUUCAAGAAUCUUUGAUCCUGCCAUUAAAAGUCGCAUGUCAAAGAUAUUGACAAAACCUGAUCAAGAACUAGCUGAGUUUCUGACUGGUGUUUGUUCACAAGAGAACUGGGAAGGGAUUAUCACAAAGAUAUGGCCUAACACGAAGUACCUCGAUGUGAUUGUUACUGGAGCGAUGGCUCAGUAUAUCCCGACGUUGGAGUACUAUAGCGGCGGAUUACCAAUGGCUUGCACGAUGUAUGCUUCCUCCGAAAGUUACUUUGGUAUUAACCUAAAGCCAAUGUGUAAACCCUCUGAGGUUUCUUACACAAUCAUGCCCAACAUGGCGUACUUCGAGUUCCUCCCACAUAAUCACGAUGGAGAUGGAGCAGCACAAGCAUCAUUAGAAGAAACCGCACUCGUGGAUUUAGCUGACGUUGAGGUCGGGAAAGAGUAUGAACUCGUGAUCACGACUUAUGCGGGACUUUGCCGUUACAGAGUCGGUGACAUUCUCCGUGUCACGGGGUUCCACAAUUCCGCUCCACAGUUCAAAUUCAUUCGAAGAAAGAACGUUUUGUUAAGCAUCGAAUCCGAUAAAACCGACGAGGCUGAGCUACAAAAGGCAGUGGAGAAUGCAUCGAGGUUGUUUGCAGACCAAGGAACACGGGUGAUCGAGUACACGAGCUACGCAGAUACGAAGACUAUACCGGGUCAUUACGUAAUCUAUUGGGAGCUACUUGGUAGAGACCAAACCAAUGCUCUUCCUAGCGACGAAGUCAUGGCUAAGUGCUGCUUGGAGAUGGAGGAAUCACUAAACUCGGUUUAUAGACAAAGCCGAGUCGCUGAUAAGUCGAUUGGUCCGUUGGAGAUACGUGUGGUGCAGAACGGUACCUUUGAGGAGCUCAUGGACUAUGCCAUCUCCAGAGGUGCUUCGAUUAACCAGUAUAAGGUCCCAAGGUGCGUGAGCUUCACACCAAUCAUGGAGCUGCUUGACUCUAGAGUUGUGUCUACUCAUUUCAGCCCUUCGUUGCCGUAUUGGUCCCCAGAACGACGUCGUUAGAUGAAACUCUAAUGAAAGAUAUAAAGCCGAUUGAUGCUGUUCGGUUCUAUAAUAUAAAGCUCUGUUUCCGAUUUCUAAGACUCUUUUAGAUUACUUGUUAAUUGUUAUGUUGUUGUGUUUAGGGUUCUUAAAUCGUAUAAUAAAUUUGAAGAACGUACUGAUGUUUUUUCCUCUC